AUGGUGUUUCGAGAGCUAGUGUAUCAAGUUUUGGAGAAGAUCAAGAACGAGCUAUAUUUCAAAUGGCCAAACAAGAUGGGAGGAGACCUCAUGAGGCACAACCAAAGUCUUCAUUGCCAAUACCACCAGCAACGAGGGCAUACCACCGAGGACUGUAGAACUCUGUGGAACCAUCUGGAGCAACUGGUCAGAGAUGGAAGGUUACAACAGUUUUUGUAUCAGCCCAAUGGGCACGAAGACAAAGUAGGGUCAAGGGUCCAAGGGAACGCUUCUUCAAGGCCCUCUUUGGGUACAAUUAAUGUCAUCUUUAUUGCUCCUAGGAGAACUAGCUCGCAAUCCUCCAGGAUGAUGUCUGUAACUCGGCCACCCACCGAGGACUCUAAUCCUGAGUUGAAGAGGGCUAGAGUGGAGGUCCGAUCGGCAUUGAGCUUUUCGGAUGAGGACAAGGCUGGAACCAUACAGCCACACGAUGAUGCUUUAAUGGUCACGCUUAGGAUAAGAGGGUAUGAUGUGAAGAGAGUGUUGGUAGACUAG